AUAUACGGAGGAGCACUGCGUGGUCUAAAUCUAACCUAACAUAGUAAGCGGUAUAUGAAUUGGUAGAAAACGAGGGUAUAUAAAGUAUAAUAAAAAUAUAAUAGAAAAACUAUGGCUACAAAUGAAUCUACAGAAUCUGAGAAAAAUCCUUACGCGUAUCUCGACAGAGAAGAUUUUACAUCGGAAAGAUACAAGAUCGAGGUACGCGGGUUACCAAAGUAUUAUGGAAUAAGUGAAUUCAAAAAGCUUUUAAACGAGAAGCUAGAUUUACAAACAUGCAAGGUGAAACCACCGAAACGAGGCAGCAAUUGGAUUUAUGUAUCUUUCAGAAGCGAAGAAGGUCGUCAGAAAGCUAUAGAAACAUUAGAUGGAAUUUUGUGGAAAAAUUGUAAACUUAGUGCUCAGAUUGCAAAACCUGCACCAGAUCCUUUUAUAAAAAAAAGAUUAGAGGAAGGAACCUCUAACAAACGUUUAAAAGUAGAUGAUGAUGCUCAGAGUAUGUCUAUCGAAGAUAAAAUUAAAUUUUCUACAACUCCACUUUGGAAUGUGCCUUAUUCAAGUCAAUUGGAAUUGAAACAAAAAGAAAUGACACAUAUUUUAACAAAUAUUUGUAAUCAAAUAUUGAAUGAAAGCAAGAAUAAUCUGUUAGAUUGGUUCAAUCAGCAGAAAGAUAAAUACAAUGGGCUACCUUGCGAAUUGCUUCCUAUCUUAAGCACAGAUACAAUUACAGGAUAUAGAAAUAAGUGUGAAUUUACAGUUGGUAGAAGUACAGAAAAAGGUAAAGUCACGAUAGGCUUUAGAUUAUCUAGUUAUGCAGCUGGUUCUACAGCAGUGGGACCUAUAGACAAUCUUUGUCACAUUCCUAAUAAAAUGAAAGCUGUAGCUAAAGUACUGGAAGAGUUUGUACAAAAUUCUGAAUUAAAACCUUUUGAACCAGUCGAUCAUACCGGAUAUUGGAGACAAGUUACAGUCAGAACUACUCUUGGUAAUGAUCUAAUGGUUAUACUGGGCAUGCAUCCUCAAGAUUUAAGUUCAGAAAAAUUGGAGGAGUUAAAAUCGCAACUGAAAAGUUUCUUUGAAACUGGAAAGGGUGCCGAGGUUUGCGUGACCUCGUUGUAUCUUCAGAUAAUGAACAAAAAAAGCGCGAAUUCAAACAGUGGAGAUGAUUAUUAUCACAUUAGCGGAGCAAAGUAUAUAGAAGAAACGUUGCUAGGAAUGAAAUUCCGUGUCUCUCCUCAAGCGUUCUUUCAAGUGAACACGAAAGGCGCUGAAGUAUUAUACAAAGCAGCGAUCGAUUUAGCAAAACCAACCAAUGACACGGCAUUGCUGGAUAUUUGUUGCGGUACUGGAACGAUAGGCCUUGCAUUUUCAAAGCAUUGUAGGGAAGUGUUUGGAUUAGAAAUGAUAGAGGAUGCGAUUAAAGACGCGAAGGAGAACGCUGUCGCAAAUGAAAUAAAAAACUGUGAAUUCUUCGUUGGUAAAGCGGAAGAUAUAUUGUCCCCGAUCAUACAGAGGACCACUAAACCUGACAUUAUCGCCGUAGUCGAUCCUCCUCGAGCUGGACUUCAUCAGAAAGCGCUAUUGACUCUGCGCAGGGCAAAAAAGUUGUCUAGAUUAAUUUACAUAUCGUGCAACCCAUGUGCAGCUGCGAAGAAUUUGGUGGAUCUAGCUAGGCCCAUUUCCAAACAAUACACUGGAGAACCAUUGGUACCUGUAAAAGCAGUUGCCGUGGAUAUGUUUCCACACACGAAACACUGCGAAUUAGUAGUGUGUCUGGAAAGAUUAUCCACAGUGAUGAAUACAUCGGAGACCAGUUGUUAGCGAUCUAGAGAGAUGCUACGGUACUAAAUGUUCGCUUAAUUCCGUUGGUAAUUGAGACGAACAGAUGAAAUAAAAGCACCGUUUUUCGUA